AUGGCCGACAAGGAGAACAUCGACGUCGCUCCGAGCUCCGACGCGGCUCCCUCCUCCAAGGAGUCGACCCCCAUGUCGCCAGAGACACCAUCCAAGGCCAGCGCGGCUUCGACCUCACCGGCUGCUAAGCGCACCAGCGCGCCUACCGCCUCGGCCACUGCGCGACGAACUGCUGCGACUGGAACUACGGCUUCAUCGCGAACUGCGGCUGGCGCAACUGCAGCUGCUCGCACUGGUGGGCUGAGCAAACCUCCCACUCGCCCUCCUACCUCGACCACCACUGCGGCGCGACGGCCCACCACCUCAACGUCGACGACCUCGAGCCACCGUAGUCGACCCAGCGUGAGUGCCAGUGAGGAUGAGAGAAAGUCUACCUUGACCUCUACUGCUGCCAGGAGGACCAGCACCCUGGUGUCUAGCCCUGGCAGAACAGCUGAGAAGAAGACUACGGCCGGGGCAACUGGUGCCGCUGGGACGGUUCGCAAACCUACUACGACUACUACAGGCGCAAGAGCUCCUACACUGAGCUCAAGGACAUCGACUUCUGGAACGACAGCUUCGGCCAAACCAUCUACGACGGCAACUCGCGCUGGUGCCACGGCCACGGCUGCCUCUAAACGCCUUUCUACUUCUGGUGCUACGGGACGUGUCUCAGCUACCGCCAGUCGACCUGCCACUGCCAAAUCUGACGCUUCUGCUAGUGCUAAGGAGAUUGAGGAGCUAAAGGCUAAGCUUGUCGAGGGAGAUUCUGAGAUUGAAUCCCUCAAAUCUCAGAUUCAAGCUUCGGAAACUACCAUUUCUGACCUCCGCGAACAACUGGCCAACACCCCUACAGCACCGGCAGCUACUGUUGCUGAUACUGAUGCCGAUGCCCAGCCAGUGCAGGAUAGCAAUGCCGAAGAGGCUCUUGCGAACUUGAAGUCUGAACACGAGGCUGCUCUUGCAGGCUUGGAGAGCCGGCUCUCCGAAGUCACUCAAAAGCUGGAAGCAGCCGAGGCUGAGCUUGAACAGCACAAGACUAACCUUGCUACGGCCGAAGGCUCCAAGGCGGCGACCGAAUCGGAAAUUGAAGCCCUGCGGAGGUCUCUCGAAACUGUUCAGCUGGAGAAUGACGAAAAGGUCAAGGCUAGUGAAGCGGCUCUGCAGCAAGCCUUGGACGACCACGCCAGCAAGGUUGCUGCCCUUGAAACCUCUUUGAGUGAGCAGCACAAGACCGCCAUCGACGAGCUUGAAGCCAAUCACAAGGGGCAGCUUGAGAGAGGCCAGACUGAUGCCUCGGCGCACGAAGCCGCCAUUACAGAUCUCAAGGCCAGCCACGAAUCAAUUGUUGCCGAGCUGCAAACCAAGGUUGACGAGUUGACUGCUUCUCACGCCGCGUUGGAGUCCGCCAACAAUGAAAAGUCCCGAUCGGACCAGCAGGCACACAACAGCAAGAUUGCGGCUCUCGAAGGCGAGAUUGCAGAGCUCAAGGCACUCAGCGACGUCUCUGGCAAGUCUGCAGAGAGUGCCACUACCCAACUGACUGGGCUCCAGAGCAGCCUGGCGGAAAAGGAAAAGGAGCUCUCCGCUGUCAAAGAGGACAUGUCUUCUUUGCUGAUCAAGGUCACGGAGGCGCAGACUUCUUUGGCCGACAAGGAUGGAGAGAUCUCGAAGCUCAAGACCAUGCACGAUGAGCGCAUGAAGAACCUUUCCCAAGACUAUGAAAACGAGAUUGAGAGCCUCCGUGGCGAUGCCUUCUUCAAGCGCAAGUUUGAGGAGCUCGAAGGUCAGCACAAUGAACUCAAGUCGUCUUCCGAAGACUCUGCCAAGGCUCACUCCGAGGCUCUUGCUGCUGCCAAGGCCGAGCACGCUGCUGCUGUUGAAGCCCUGGAGGCCAAGGAACAGGAGCACCAAAAGAAUCUUGAUGCUCUGCGUGCGAGCCAUGCUGAGGAGCUCGAGACGGCCAAGCUUGGCGCCUCUGCCGACAAGGAUGCCCACAUUGGUCAGAUUGACUCUCUCAAGGCCCAGCACGCUGAAGAACUCAGCAUUCUCAAGAAGGAGAGCGAGGCCUCGCUCGCCAAGGAGCUUGAGGCACUUGCCUCCUCUCAUGGCGGUGUCAUUGAUGCCCUGAAGCAGGAACACGCUGAUGAACGCCAAAAGACGCAAUCCGCUCAUGAAGAGGCCCUCACCGCGGCCAAGAGCGCGGGUAAUGACGCACACGUCAGUGAACUGGCAGCCAUUAGCGCUGAGCUUGAGGCUGCCAAGGAGCAGCUUGAGCAGGCCCAGGCUGAUAGCGAGCUGGCUGUCGAAUCUGCCAAGAAUGAGCUCGAGGAGAAGCACAUUGGCGAAAUCGAGAAGCUCAUCACCAUGAACACCGAGGCCAUGGAUAAGAUGAAGUCCGAUGGCAUCCAAGCUAGAAAAGAUCUGGAAGAGCUCACUGCCGCACACGCCAAGUCCAUUGAGGACACAAUUGCCGAGUACCGAAGCACGUCGACUAACUUGGAAGAGAAGCUGGCUGAGCAGAAAGCCGCCAAUGAUGAGCUGGAUAAUGCGCUCAAGGCUGCCCAGGAAGCCCUUGCCAAGGCCCAGAGCGAGGUCGAGGAGAUGGGUCAGCAGCUGGCUCAGGAGAAGAUGGACCGUAUGACGGCCCUUGCCGAGCUGGAUGCUGCCAAGAGUGCCAAACCCGACACAUCAGAGGCGGAUGCUCUUCGAAAAGAGCUUGCCGCACUAAAGAAGACGCACGAGGAUGCGCACGCCGGGGUUGAGAAAUCCCUCAAGGGUAAGGAAGACGAGUUGGAAGAACACAAGGCUCAGCUUGCCGGUGCCCAAGAUUCUCUGGCCAAUCUGAAGAACGACCUUGAGCUCGCCCAAAAGGAGCUUGAGGCUCACAAGUCGGAGGCGGAUGCCAAGCACAAGACUGCUCAAGCGGACUACAAGGACCUCAAUGAUAGCAUGACCAGCCUGGUCGAGGAAGCCAAUAACAAGGUUAAGGAAUUGGAGGCUUCAUUGGAGGCAGCGACGAGAAGAGCGGAGGAGACGGAAAAGAAGAUUGAAGAGAUGGAGGCUCAGCUCAAAGUAAAGGAUGCAGAGAUUGCCGAGGCCAAGGCAAAUGCUGGCAAGUCCAAGGGUCUAUCGAGCAGUAGAUUCGCCGGCGCAGAAGGUGGCAGCGACGGAGCUGCUGCAAACGAGAAUGCGGCUGAAGGUGAGGAUGAUAGCAACGAUUACGACGAUGAUGAGGACCACUCUUCAGCGGCAUUGGCUUCGCUGAGUAAAGCGCGAUUGAUGGCGAAGCAGAUUGAUGCCCUCGACAGAGAAAUGAGGGAUCGUAAUUUGCAGCUGCUCAACUCGAUAACGAAUUCGCAUCAGUCAACGUAA